CAGGGUCCAUGAAAAAUAACCACGGAAAACAAGCUUGUUGUCAGUAGAUUUAAACCAGAUUGGCAAAAGAAAAAGUUAUGUAUGAAAAAGAAGCAAAACAGCAAGAAGAAAAGAUUGAAAAAAUGAAAGCUGAAGCAUGUGAUGAUUAUGGAAUUAAAAAGCAGAUCGAGAUCUUACAAGAGUCACGAAUGAUGAUUCCUGACUGCCAGCGCAGAUUAGAAGUUGCACAUGCAGAUCUUACUCAGCUACUAGAAAAUGAAAAAGAAUUGGAAGAAGCCGAAGAGUAUAAAGAAGCACGUUCCAUACUGGAGUCAGUGAAGCUGAAAGCCUAGAAAGUCUUUCAGUACUCUCUUUAUAUGCAUUAGCAGUAGGUCUAUUCCACACUUUCAUUUGACUAUGGCUUUAUUACUAUUGUUGACUUGCUAAGGUUCCCUUUAUGCAAACUGGCCUUUCUCUAACUGCAAGAUGCAUCAAAUAAAUGAUGUUCUGAAACAUCUGUGUGUUCCAUAUUCAGGCAAAAUAGAAACAUUUCCAGUUUACCUUGAUUACAAAAAGGAAAAAUAAAGCCAAUUUAAUGUAAGCAUAAUAGUGUAAUAGCUAAUAUACAGAACUUAAUCUGAACAGUUCAGGCUAAGAAACAAUGUUUAGCUAUGUAAGGAAUGUGAAGGACCAAUAAAUACUUUAGAAUGAAAUAGAAUCAUAGAAUGGUUUGGGUUGGAAGGGACCUUAAAGAUCAUCUGGUUCCAACCCCUCUGCCAUGGGCUUUAGAAGCACCUUAUAUCUGAAGUAAUUUCAAGCCAUUAUAGCAUAACAAUCUGUACUGAAAGAGGAGGUGGACUAAAUGACCCUUCAAAGUCACAUAUCUUUUUUCUAUGAUGCAAUUUAUCUGUAGUUUUAUUAAGUAUGUACUCCUUGUUUAUCUUUGAGCCCAACACAGAAUUAAGAGCUGAUUCCAAGUCUUUUUCAAUUUGCCUGGCGUUGAUUCGUAGAGCCCAAUUCACACAAUUACCAUUGAUCAAAAUUCUGUUACUUUUUCAAGAAACAGAAUUUAGCAGCUGACUAGUAUGUUGUCGAUUGGAUCUCCCAGUAAGAGUUCUGGCCUGAAAGCUUUUCCUGAAAACACCUUGGCCUAAGUGAGGUGUUUUUGAACAAAGCUCAAAGCCCAGAAGGUGAAAGAGAACUAAUGGGUAAGGGAACAAUGCUUAAUCUGCCUGGAAGACCAUUAAAACUUUUAUGUACAAAAGCUGUGGUUCUUUCAGAAUAGCUUCUCUAAACAGCAAACAGUAAGCUCUGCUGAUGAACAAGAAAGCUUUUUACAUUAGUUUUUCUAGUUUGAAAGUGCUCUUGCAUGUUCCUUAAAGGCAACACAAAGCACAGUGUUCCUUUUGUGUGGUGCUAUAUUGAAUACUCUGAAUAAAAUUUUUUGUUAAUUUGCCUGAGUUUGGGUAAA